GGUUUGCAGAUGACUGCCUGAUUGGCUGAACUUCACGGUGAAGAGAGGAGGGUGCACAGGGUGAAAGGUUUGUGUGGUCCUUGAAUGGCUCCAGAAGCAUCUACCCUUGGAUUCUGCAAGUGUGGAAUUAUAACAACCAGAAGCAAAGCAAAGACUCUUUCUCAGCCUUCCCUACUCUGAAAGCUUUGCCCUGUCACCAAGGCACAAUAUGGAAGCCAUUGCCAAAUUUGAUUUCAAUGCUUCUGGAGAGGAUGAACUCAGUUUCCGGGCCGGGGACAUUCUGAAGAUUUUAAGCUCCCAGGAAGAGUGGUACAGGGCUGAGCUGAGAAGUCACGAAGGAUUUGUCCCCAAGAACUUCAUAGAUAUUCACAUUCCCAUCUGGUUUAAUGAAGGGAUAUCCCGCCAUGAGGCAGAGGACUUACUCAUGAGCAAGGAAGUUGGCUCUUUCAUCAUCCGAGCCAGCCAGAACUCCCCUGGUGACUUCUCCAUCUCUGUCAGGCAUGAGGAUGAUGUCCAGCACUUCAGGGUGAUGAGGGAUACAAAGGGCAACUACUACUUGUGGACAGAGAAAUUCCAGUCACUAAACAAAUUGGUGGAGUACUAUAAGACCUCCUCUAUCUCCAGGCAGAAGCUGAUCUUCCUGAGAGAUGGGAGCCAAGAAGAGAAGGAGAGGCGUGGUGGGAGCCUGGAAAGGGGGGCGCAGGAAGGACUCCGCCUGAGUGGAGCAGCUGGAGAAAUCCGAGCAUUAAUGUCCAAGAGAUAUGCAGAUCCCUCACCACCCCUGCAGCAGCAGCAACAGGACAGAGGAGGUGGGAGCCUGGACAGGAAGGAUGGGCUUCAUCGCCUCAGAGACCAUGGAGAAGGGAGUGCAGCAUCCAUGUACCGGAGACAAACAGAAUCAUCAUUUCAACAAUCACAGCAAACACUAUGGGUCCAAGCCCUGUAUGACUUUGAGGCAUUGGAGUGCGAUGAGCUAGGAUUCCGCAGUGGAGACCUCGUAGAAGUCCUGGACAACUCUAACCCCUGUUGGUGGAAAGGGCGCCUGCGUGGCAAAUUGGGUCUCUUCCCUUCCAACUAUGUUACACCAGUGACCCGGUGAUUCUGCAGCAUUCCAAGAUGGGUUGGGAUGGAGCUGCUCUGGCGUGUCGGGGGCAGAGAGAGCAUCUUCCAUGCAGCCGCAACAUACAGUGUUUUUAUUACAAUAAUAAUUUAUUGGCAGUUGAUCCAUUGAUUAGUUAAUAUUAAAGGGACCGCUGGAGUUUUUCUCUCCUUUUACAUGCCAGUGUUAGAGGGAGCAAGAAUCCUGGAUUGUCCAUGAGGUCUUGUUGGAUCCUGCUGGCACUGCCAUCAUUUUGGCAAAAUGUUGCUAACUCAGACUUUGCUAAAUUAGAUACGUCACAUGGGAACCCACCUCAAGCAAGGCAGGUUUCAGCUUGUAGGCAGCCGCACCUCCUCCAACAUCUGAGCACCACCUUUUGGACCUUGCAACAUGCCAUCUAGCAGAGGAAAGGAUGUGGUCCUGUAAACUGUUGUAUAGAGCAAUCCAAUGUGGAACCAAUAUGUGGAGAGGGAGAAAAACCAAGUUCUUUGCAGCUUCUGACAGACCUGCCGUCAUGCACUCCUGCCCAUACCACAUGUACUCCCGUCCACUGUCCAAGCUGCCUUCCAAGAUAUCCUGCAAUUUCCACUAAACAUUCCUGUAAGGGGGCCUGGCUUUUCAGCCAAACCAAUAGUCACCAGCUGGAAAUAUGGUGGAUGUCACCAACAGUUUUGUUAAAUUGGAAUUUUUUUUGUGGUAUGUUGCUGCCUAAAAGUCCUCCUUCUAUAUUUUUGGGAAUCUGGAAUCCCUGUUUUUAUAACUUUGAGUUGCUGGUAACAUGUAUCAUCCACCUCUGUGUCUAUGUGAACACACACACACGAAUAUACAUACACACACUCUCCUGCAAAGGUAUUUGAUCAUUGCGGGGCAGGCAGAAGACAACCAUAUAUGGUUGUGUAGCACUGUGCUGCCUUUAGAAAUUGUCCCAAUUUUACAUCCUUGAUUUCUCACCCACCCCCUCUCAUGGCCUCCAGCUUCCCCAUGCCAAGCUUCUUUUUCAUCUCUCCUGAGUAUCCAUCUCUGGUCUCUUGUUAUGAAUAUUACUAUAGUGCCAGAAGCGAUCUCUAGCUAGCACUAUUUUGAUGCCAGAUUCCAGGCAGGGCUACUACUCUGCUUGUAGGAAUACAGUAAAUAAAGUUGCAACCAAGAACAGUCUCCUCUCUAUACCUGUUUCCUUUGAACUAAACAAGGUAAAUGCCCAACACAUUGGAAACAAGUUUGAGAUUUUAAAAAAGUAGAGAGGUGUACAAAUCACCAAUUGUGAAAUAAAUGAAUUGUAAAUACACAUUUAAAAUGAUCAAAAUCUUGAGCGAGAGCACUGGGUAAUUGCUACUCAUGCAAGUUGAAAUUUAGCAAGCUGCCUGAAUAAAAUAGUUCCCUACAAUGUUUAAGACCUCAGGAGUCAGCAAGGAAGUGCUGAUUUCAGUUUAUUUGGCAAGAAAGAAAACACAAAUGAGACUCAUCAGUAAAAAUGGACUUGAUAAAGGAUAAAACCAAUAGGAAAAAAAGAAAAGGGGAGCCAGGCUGAAUGCCAUCCAAUGACAGGGCAUAAAUACCAUUGUCACAAGAUGUGUGACAUUUGCUGUUCUUGAGCAGUAAAAGGAGCUUUUCUGGAAUUCUUGAGGGAACUGGAACAAGACCUGACUGGCAACAAAUGAAGUACAGUUUAAAAAAUCUAAAUAGAAAGAAGAACCUUGCUUACAGAGGCAGGAAUAGGUAUUGAGAGCUUAACAGGAAUUUGGCCAGAGGCAUCAUUUAGGUUGGGUAGGGAGAUGGAGGAGGGAGAGUUGAAAUGUGUGAGCAGUUACCUUGUGAACAACUCAGACACCAAAUCCAGAGACCGGCUGUGCUCUCUGAAACCUUUGGUGUUUGGAGCCCCGUGGGCAGCCUGCAGCCUUCACUCCCCAACCUACGCAGCCCAGCCGCAGGGACCCACCUGUCUGACUGCAGCUCUGCUCCAACCUCAUCCGCUGUCACACUCCAUUGUCACUGACGGGCCCCAGAACUUGGGGCCAGAAGCUGUGACUGGCAAAUUUGUGGCCAGAAGUAUUGGUUGCUAGGGGAUCAAUAAAGCAGACAUGAGACAGAAGAUCCAUGUCAGAUCGUGUGACAAGGGGAAAGUGCUCAGUUUAAUGGAUGUAGGCAGGACUCCUCUGUUGUGGGCGUGGUGAGAAGGCUGGCUCAGAGUACAGUGGCUGAGAGGAGCCCAGUCACCUCCAGAAACAAAGCCAACAUUUCCCCCACACCUUGCAGAUUAUAGGGCACGACUGGUCCCAGCCCCCCUGUGCUGCACUGCAAUGCUCCAGCCCAGUAGUGGAUUGGGGGCUGAUGUCUUCUGCUUCUGUGUCAGCUUUUCCAGGAAAAGGACAAUGAGGUCUCUCCCCUCUGUUGAAGGGAACAGUCUAAUUAUGGAUUUUUACAUUUUAUCAAGAGCUUCAAGGGAACUAAGCAGUCCCUUGACCCCCCACUUAAAGUUGCCCCCUCCCCUACUGAAAUGAUGCCCCUGAAUUUGGUUCCCCAGAUUUAGAACCGUGAGUUUUAGGAAACAGCGGGACAAGGUGGGUCAGGUAAUAUCUUUUAUUGGACCAACUUUUGUUGAUUAGAGAGACAAGCUUUAAUCCAGUAAAAGAUACUCCCUUGUGUCUCUAAUAUCCUGGGACUGAUACGGCUACAACAACACUGCAGGAAACAGAAGGACAUGCUAAAUCCUGUUGAGUGAAAUUCAGCUGUGGUACAAAUGGUUGCAUUUCCGUUUUCCUCAAUGACCUUGUGCUAUAUCUGGGCUGGCUUUGGCCCUGGUGGUUCUAUAUGGGCUAGAUUCUGACACCCCUAUGCAGAGUACUCCUUUCUCUUUGAGCAGUCCCCUUGAAAAUCAAUGGGACUGCUCAUGGAGCGAGGUAUCCUGUUCAAUGGAAGGGUGUCAGACGCUAACCCUAAGUGACUCCACAGCUUCCCAAGGUUCUUUUUAAGACAAGGAGGAGAUUUGGAAGAGGGAAGGUUUAAGAUCAAGAAAGAGAGAAGAACAAGGCAGAGGAAGAUGAAAGAAAAAAAGUCAAAGACCAACAAAAGUAGAGAAGCAAUUUCAGAUUUGGAACUGCCUGAAGAGGAUGAAAUGGCUCUCUCAGAUUUAUCCCCACCGUGUUGUAUUAUUUUUCAAUUAAUUGUUGUGUUUACAUUUCUUUUUAAAAUUUAAACUGAAGAUUUUUUUCCCCAUUGCUCAGCCUCCUAAAGACUGCGUAGGUAAUGAAGACGUGGUUUCAAACAAAUUAGGUUGGGGCUCAUGUGCUUAGCACUCAAAUAGCGCUUUACAUAGUUAAAGCCCCUUUACAGAGAUUAAUUAAUUAAUUAAUACUGGGCGGUAAAUUGGAAGCACUCCAGUGUCAAAUGAUGAUUUCUUGAGUAAGAGGUAGCUCUCCACGUGUUUUUUAAAAUUGAUGUUUGAAGAAAUAAUAUGCAAGGCAGUGAAAUCAAAGGGAUUAUGCACAUGCAUGUCUUAGAAUCUCAUAUUCCUGGUGUUUGUCAAUAUUUUAUAAACCAAUAAUCCAGGAAUACAGUCUGGAUGAUAUCCUACUGUGAAACUGAAAGAGGGGGAAAAAUCCAGUUAAGUAUUUGGUUUAGUAUUUUUCACAGGCAAAAAUGACAGCAUAGGAGAAAACAGAUUAUAAACAAGAACAGGAGCAGUGAGAGUGCGUGGAAAAGCAAGACCACUUUUUAAGCAAAUGAUACUGAAGAAACUGGACUGCAUUUGGAGGGAUAACAGAAGUGCAAGUUAUUAAGCAUAGCUCAGCUGGGUUCACUUUGAUUGCUGAGCUAGCUUUUUAUCCUCAGUGUGGUGAAAAUCCAUAUUUUAUUUACAAUGUCUCAGUGGUUAAUAAGAAGGAGUAAACACAAUACAUGAAAAGCUUUAACACAAAAACCAGAACACAGUGUUCUGUGUUACAGAGACUGCAUGCGUGCGUGUGUGUCUGUACACACACAUAGCAGAUGCACUCACAAUAUCAUGCAUUAGAAACAACAGACUAUAGAGGGUUACAUUCUGGCAGCUGCUAGAGAAAGGGCAGACAGGGAGACUGUGCUUGCCAUUGCCCCUAGGGACACCUGUGCAGAAUGCCAGGACCAACUCUUCCUAAAUGUAGCCUCUGACAGGUGUACCAUGGGCCUAAGUGACCAGAUCUCCCGUUUUUCCCCCCAAUAUCCAGUGGUGGUGUAGCCGUGUUGGUCCCAAGGUAUUAGAGAAACAAGGUGGGGUGAGGUAAUAGCUUUUAUUGGACCAACUUCUGUUGGUGAGAGAGACAAGCUUUUGAGCUUGCACAGAGCUCUUCUUCAGGUCUGGGAAAUGUACUCGGAGGGUAUGGGGCUGUUUAAUUGCGGCAUAGAAGUUCAGGCUCGGACAGGGUCUGAGACCCUACCCCCGCGUGGAUUGUGAAGGGGGUUAAUUUACAUGAAGCAUGAAAGAAGUCACUUGCAGAAGGAGAACUGGCAGGAGGAAAAGGUUGUGGACUUGGUUAUCAGCUAUGGGCCUGAAGAGAAACAGACAAAUGGGUAAAAAAUGUGCCCUGACCUCUGUGCAGAAGAGCGAUUCAAAGCUUUCAUUGUGCAAACAAAAGCCACUCAGCUGACGUAGCGUGUGCUCGUAUGAAAAUGGAAAAUUUCACAAAUGGCAGAAGGCUAAGGACAUUGGCUGGAAAUGCAAACGGAAGAACAGCCCAAGUAAUAAAGGGGAUGCCCCAGAAAAGGAGAAACCAGAAAAAAAAGUAUGCAAAAAACAAAUAAAGUAACUUAAAAGCAAAAAUAAAAGAUAUCAAAAUAUCUAACAAUUAGAGGCUACAGUCAAACUCAUCACUGGCAUAAGCAGGUGCAACUCCACCACAGUCUAUGAAGACGUGGCCACUGUGAAUUUGACCCUGCAAAUGAAAGUGAGGACAGCUCUGUGAAGGAAAGUAGUUCAGAACAGAUGAGUUAGCUGUACAUUUGAAACAUGUCAAAUAGUAAGAACAUCCUGAACUCAUAACUGAAGUACAAAGCCCUAUUUAAGAAGCACUUCUAAGAAGAUCUUCAGUGAACAAGCCAAAGACAAAUACGACUACAAAAAAAUAGACACAUGCCUGAUUGCUCUAAAGGUCGUCCAGCUGGUAUAUCUUCUAUGUCUAUACUGUAGUGAAUGUUGUCUGACUCAGGCAAGCUCUUUGGAGUAGGGAUCAUGCCAUCCUCUCUGCUUGUAAAGUGCCUACACUGUCAUUGCUCCAAUAUUUACAAGUAAUUAUAAAUGGUGAGAACUAGUCCAUGGUAAUGGAAUGGGAAAUGAACCUUAGCAUGAGCUAAUGUUUUUAGACAUUGCAGUACUGAUUAGGCUAUGCAAUGUUGAAUUAGAAGCAGAACAUAAUUCAACAAUUUUGUACGUGAAAACUACAUAAAAACACAAAUAAAAUAACUUUGGCAUAGGCUCCUGAGGCCAAAUUCUCCAUUGCUGUGUAAACCGUGUGCAGUCAUUUUCACUAGUGCAAAGUGGCUAUCAAGUGCUGCUGCUGGUUGCUUCUUACACCCACUUUGCACUUGUUUAUAUCAGUAUACCAUAGGGUGCCAUUUUGGUGCCAGCUGUUUUCCUAUCAUUGAUGAACAAAGUCUACUAGUGCAACGCGAUGUCAAUGACGUAACAAUGACUAGGACAAAUGAAGAACACGACCAGAAUUUGAGGGAUGGCUCAAAACAUUUGGAUGCUUAAGGAAUAACAUUUGAGAAGUCCAAGGAUUUUGCUUAAUAAACUCUUCACUGAUGAUAUUGAAUUUGUUGUAAAUGCUGAAACAAAGAAUCCACCCAACAUCUCGGCAGUGGAAGCUGUGGUGAGAACUUGUCCAGUAAAACACAAAUAUGAAAGAGCUACAGUCAUUUCUUGUACUGUAAUUUACUCCAGGGAAAAGAACUAUUUCUAGCAUGUUCACACUGGUAAAUCUCCUGAAGAAGCUAUUAUCAAAGAAUGUUACCUAGGAGGUAAAUUCAACAUGCCCAAAAGUUUUCAGAAGAAUUAAUUAAUAGCCAGAGAUUUCUUGAUGUCCUGUGACCCAGCUAAAUUAGUAACUCUUGCUGUUGAUGUGGCUCCUUUUGAGCUGGGUGCAGCUAUCGUUUGUGUCAAUCAGGUCUGGGAGCCACCAGUGCUAACCCAUUAAAAUCUUUAACAUCAGCUGACCAAAAUUACAGCUACAGCCUCUCAUUUGAACAUGCACAAUUUUCAGAGGGUGAAGACGUUUCAGAAAUACUUAUAAAGCAGAAGAUGGACACUCGCGCGGAUCACACCCCUCUCUCUGAGUUUCGGACAGAAAAAAAAAAGAUUCCAGUUACAGCACCAUCAAGACCCAGCCAUGGGCUGUCCAAGUUGAAGCUACACGAGAAAUAAGGCACACUUUUUUUUUUUUAUCAGCGAAGGAAAAUAACCAUUGGAACAACUUACCAAGAAAUGUGGUGGAUUCUGCACUGCUAGGAUUAUUAAAGCCAGGCUGGAUGCCUUUCUGGAAGGUGUGCUCUAGUUCAACCACACCGGGUGACAUUCUACUACAGCCUUUGUUCUGCGAGAGGGCAGCUGAGAUGUGCAUAAUAGUCCCUGCUGACCUUAAAAACUUUUGAAACUAUCUGCAAAUUGCAGCCCUAUUAGUGCGAUAUUAAAUAUCCCUCAUCAACACAAAAUACUCAUGCUGGCAUUUGCCCUUAGAGGAAUGCAUUGAAAGGUAAGUGGCCUAGUUCUUUGAAGUGCUGAGCACCCACAGCUCUAGAUGAAGCCAUCUCACACCAGGCCCCCUUUUAAGUAGGUGCCUAACCGUGAAUUUAACUGCCCAGCUAUAGGCACAACCAGGUUUGAAACAUGUGGGCAUUGUGUCCUGAAGGGACAUUGGGCCAGAUCUUCAGCUGGUGUAAACGGGUGUUGCUCCAGUUAAGUCCACGGUGCUAUGCUGAUUUACACCAUCUGAGAAUCUGGCCUAUUGUUCCAUAAAGGCGUCAUCUAGUUUGAUCAGAUCUUCAGGUAAAGAGGCCAAGGGGAUGUGUAGUGCUUUACUCCUCUUAUUUGAAAUGACAAUGACACACUUUUAUUUAAAGAGCCUUAUGCAUGUGUGUUGAAAAGGGCCAUAUCCUGAGUGUUUUACUCUGUCAUUACUCAGGCAAAACUGUCCAGGCCACCAAAACUCUCAUCUAGGCCCUCAUCAUCUCGUGCCUGGACUAUUGUUCCUGCCUCCUCAGUAGCCUUGACGUCUGCAUCUUUGCUCCCUCAAGAUCAAUCUUUUUCCGCCAUGGCUGCACUAGAAAAAUGCAGCAUAUUAGAAAACAUGUUAACUCACGUAUUUUAAAUAAUACGAUGGUCAACACACCUUAGCACCUAGUGUAGACAGGGAUCAGCCAUGUUUAAAAACGUUAACCAUGAUUAAUUAACUAUGGCACAUUUUUAACAUAACUGACUUUGUCCACAAUAAGAGCACAACUGUAUUGAACACCAUGUUAGUUAAAACGUGUGUGUGAACAUAUUUUCCAAUAUGAUGCGUUUUCCUGGCGUAGACAAGGCCUCGCUGGAUCAUCACUGUGACCACAUCAGCCCCCUCUCUGAGUCCCUCCAUUGGCUCCCCCUUCACCACUGUAUGAAACAAAAGGGCUUUAAGGCCCUUCACAACAUAGCCUGACCUACUUCAUAUCUCUAGUAACUUAGCACAAUGUUGACUUUCAUCUGCAACUACCUAGGCGUGACCACCAACCGGUUAGCUUCUCCCUCAAACACCUUUGUGCUUUCUUUUACUAUUAUCAUUUAUUAUUUGUAUUAUCGUAGCACCUAGGAGCCCUUGUCAUAGAAUCAUAGAAACGUAGUCCUGGAAGGGACCUUGUGAUGGGGUGUAUUAAGCCCAGAGGCCCCCUGCUGGAGGCCUCCCAGUCCUACAACACCAGGUCCCAGAAAGGGCAGUAGAGGACAGUCCUGCCCCAAAAAACUUACAAGCAAAGUAUAAGACAAGAAAUGACAGCUGGGUACAGACAGGCAGAUGGGGGAGCACAAGGAAAUGAUGAGACAAUAUUGGUCAGUGUGACAAGUAGGGGUACCAGUGCACCAGCAGCCUAACUGUUGCCAAGUUUAAACUCCUUCCCCCUCCCCACCCAAAAAAAUAUAUAAACCCACUACCCUGUCCUCCUUCACAUCCAAGAUACCCUUGCUGCAAAAUCUAUAAAGCCCUUUCAGAUGACCCUGGCUGGGCGUGACUAUCCCUCUUUCUUUCCCUGCUCUCUUACUCUACCUCCUCUUGCCUCCCCCCCUUUCUCCCUAAUUAAUCACAGAUGAAACUAACAAAUCUGUGCCAAUCAUCUCCAUGUUCAUUGAUGGUUCUGUUAUAUCCCUGGGCCCAACCCUUUAUCUCAGGGGUGGACAAACCUUUUGGCCUGAGGGCCCCAUCUGGGAAUAGAAAUUGUAUGAUGAAUGCUCAGAAAAUUGGGAUUGGGGUGCGGGGGGUGUGUGUGAGGGCUCUGGAGUGGUGCCAGAAAUUAAGAGUUCAAGGUGUGAGAGGGGGAUCAGGGCUGGGGCAGGGGGAUGGGGUGCAGGAAGGGAUGCAGGCUCUGGGGUGGGGCUGAGGGGUUUGGGGUGCAGGAGGGUGCUCCGGGCUGGGAUCAAGGAGUUUGGAGGGCAGGAGGAGGAUCAGAGCUGGAGCAGAGGAGAGGCUCAGGGGUGCAGGCUCCAGGCGGCGCUUACCUCAAGCAGCUUCUGAAAGCAGCAGCAUGUCCCUUCUCCAGCUCCUACCUGGAGGCGCGGCCAAGCAGCUCUCCAUGCUGCCCUGUCUGCAGGCACCACCCCUGCAGCUCCCAUUGGAGCGCCGGAGCGGGGCCAUGCCGCAGCUUCCGGGAGCCGCGUGGAGCAGCCCCCGACCCUGCUCCCCAGCUGGAGCACCAGAGCGGGGCAAGCCCAGACCCCACUCCCUAACAGGAGCUUGAGGGCCAGCUUAAAAUGGCUGGCAGGCUGGAUCUGUCCCGCGGGCUGUAGUUUGCCCACCCCUGCUUUAUCUGUUUUUGUGUUUGUUAGAUUGUGGGGUAGAGAUUGUCCUUUCAUUUGCAUUUGUACACCACCUAGCACAACGGGGCCCCGGUCUUGACUGGAACCUUUGGGUACCACCAAAAUAGAAAUGAUUAAUAAUAAUGAAUGUCUGUGGUGGGAUGACCUGGGGACCCUAAGGCUGCAGGUUUGGCAGAAUUCUCUAACAUGGCCCUGACAUCAAUCUAUACUUUGUAUGAAAAAAAUAAAGCAUACUGAAC